AUGUUUACUAGAAUAAUUCUGAACCGAAAUCUAUUCCAUUAUUAUAUUUCGUCAUCAUUCAGCUCUUCGAUAUGCUUCCUUUUUAUCAUGAUCCUUGGAGCGACAGGCGACCGUCUGAGCCUCAUCUGUGAUAAUCUCAUAUCCGAAAAGGUAGCCCUAACUGGUGUGCUCUUCAUGAUCGGUCUCUACAUCUGUUCACUAUCGUCCACAAUCGGCUCGCUGCUUGGCACUCCACGAGUUCUUCAAGGAAUCGCUGCCGAAGGCAUUAUCCCAGUGCUGAAUCCUUUGGCUCAAGGGUCUGGCGCGAACAAGAAUCCCGUGCUGGCCGGUGUGGUGCUGAUGGCGGUGGCGUCGGUGUUCGUACUACUUGGUGAUCUCAAUCAACUUGCUAUUCUAUCCACAAUGCCCUUUCUCAUCACCUACGCUUUCGUGAAUUACGCUUACGUAUCGUUGGCGAUGAGCUACGAUCUCAUCACUAUUAGCCAUGUCGCUGAGGGCGAUAUCAAAUACGGUUCCAUGCAAAAAAUCGGUGAUCUGGACGAGUUGUUCCCCGAGCGGCAGCAGCAACAGCAACCGAGCGCAGCAACCGUUGAGGCUGGCGGAAUCGUUGGUCAACCAGCCACCUGGUACUCGAUGUUCAGCAAUCGCUACGUCUCGUUCGUUGGAUUCAUGGUGAACCUACUGAUCCUAUUCCUCAUUCAUUUCUGGUUUGCUGUGGCCCAUUUCGCCGUACUUAUACUGCUCUACUAUUAUAUUGGGCGUGUUUGUCCUGCAUGUACACCAGGAAUUUCAACAUUUUCUAUCCCACAUAUGUUCCGCACUGCCUUCUCAUCACUUGAAACCAUUGGUGUGUUCAAUAGAGGGCCCAGUGUGUUGACAAGGGAAGGACCAUCCAAAGACGUACUCACCGAACAACUCAACGAAUCAAAUCCCGACUAUCAAGAUCGCAAACAGUAUCACCAUGCACAAAAUGUUACCCAAGAAUUUGACUAA